AAAGAACCAGUUUCAGUUUGCCAGUCGCAGGAGAAACAUGUCUGUCCGUUCCGUGCUGUUCGUAACUUUGGUUUUGGGUGUUGUUGCAAAUGCAACACCUGGAGAGAAAAGCAGAAAAUAUUGUGAUGAAACUCACGUGAAAGCGACUGGAAGAGUUCGCAGGAUUGUCGGUGGUAUUGAAGCAGCUGAAAAUGAAUUUCCGCACAUGGUUUCUUUGGGUUACGAGGAAAAAAAUGACAUUUCGUGGCAAUGCGCAGGAUCCUUGAUUAGCAACAAAUACGUUUUGACUGCGGCAUCAUGCAUAUCUAGAAUUACUCCGAAGUACGCUAAAUUAGGUACAGUCGAUUUGGACAGCAAGACUGAACCGCUGAAGAUUGCCAGAGUGAUCAGAAAUCCUGCCUUCAAACCUCCAUUUUCGUACGAUGACAUCGGUUUGAUAGAACUCGAGAAACCCGUCGAGUUUAGCGAUUCGAUCAGACCCGCUUGCCUGAACACCGAAGAUUCAGAUGUGAAGCACACGUUCACCGCAACGGGAUGGGGUUUGACCAGUUUCAAUGGAAAUCCAAGUUCUAAACUUUUGAAAGUCGCUUUGGAGGAGGUCGACAAUGCGGAUUGCAACAAGCAUUAUGAGAAGAACAGAAGGCUCGUUGACGGGAUCAAAGCGGAAUCCCUGAUAUGCGCAGGCGGAGACCAUAAAGAUACCUGUCAGGGAGAUUCCGGCGCGCCGCUCCAGAUUUUGAAUCCCAAGUAUAUUUCGACUUACGACAUCCACGGCGUCACUUCUUUUGGAAAGGCGUGUGGCUUUAAUUCGCCUGCAGUCUACACCAGAGUGUCCCAUUAUAUCAAUUGGAUCGAAUCCAUCGUUUUCUAAACGCACUCUAAUAAUUUACAAACAACAACAAAUAAAACGAUUCAAUAAUUAUUUUUUCUUUAUGUUUUAUUUUCUUAGUAAUAGAUAAGCUGUAUACAAAUGAUUACAUUAUACUGUUAUAUUAUUAAGUGCAAACAUUA